AAAAACAGAAGAAACAGGAAGAGAGUACCUCGCCCCUCCAUCUGUCCCAACGUUGUAAUAAAAACCAUCACGAAUCUCUGUCUCCCGAGCAGAGCAGAGGCUUGGCAAAGACUUUUCUGGAUCCGGAGGUUUAACCAAGAAGAGAGGGUUUUUCGAACCUCCAUUGGAAGACAGAGAGAGCUCGCGAGCUUCUUCUGCGUAUCGCAUCCAUUUUUAUGAAGUCUCCGCGAGUCAAUUCCAGACCCGGUUGCCCCAUUUUCUGGUGGUGGCUGCUGGAGCUCGGUCCGUGAACAAUUUGCGGGUGCGGGUCGCAGGGUUCUGAGGAUUUCGAAGCAGGUUAAUAAUUGCAUUACUGGGAAACAAUGUGGAUAAUGGGUUAUUACUGCUUUCGGUGAGGUGAUAUGAGAGGUAUUGAAUAUGAGUGAUGGGGGUCGGGAGAACAGAAGGGAACAUGAAAAAUCAAGCGGUCACAGAAAAUCCAGUGUCGACGAUUUUGCACGGGCCAUUGCAAAGAUUGCUGUUGCGCAGGUGUGUCAAGCUGAAGGGUUUCAGGCUUUUCAGCAAUCGGCCCUCGAGACAUUCUCAGAUGUAGCAGUUAGAUUCAUACGUGAUGUAGGAAAGACUGCAGUCUUGUAUGCUAAUUUGGCAGGUAGAGCAGGGGUUAAUGUUUUUGAUGUUAUCCAAGGACUGGAAGGUUUAAGUUUGGGGCUUGGUUUUGUGGGUGCUUCGGAUAUAGAUCACUGCCUAGCACACUCAGGUGUAGUACGUGAACUUUUGCAGUAUGUUGGUGAUUCUGAAGAGUUACCAUUUGCCUAUGCUCUUCCUCAGUUACCUAUCGUUAGAGAUAGAAAGCAGACUCCAAGUUUCUUGCAAGCUGGAGCAGAGCCUCCUCAUGAACAUAUUCCACCUUGGUUGCCUCCAUUUCCUGAUACUCAAGAUCAUGUUCAGUUGCCAGUGCAGGAGAAUGGUGCUAAGGAUCCUCAACUUGUAGACAUUGAACAUGCAAAAGACGAUAUAAAGCCUGAGCAGCAGUCUUCAUUGAGUGUGCAGCCAUUGCAUUCUAUCAAGGGAUUAGAAGGUCCUUUGCCGUUUGAUGAGAGAAAUACUGCUAUGCUGAAAGAAGCAGCAGUAACUAAUCCAUAUCUCGCCGCACCUCUGAAUUUUGGUGAGAAAGAAGUAUCUCCAGCUGCUCUUCCUGCUAAGCUCUCCAGUGAAGCAGUGAUUGGCGACAACGUAGGACAAAAGCAGGUAAUGGAUGGUAAAAUAUCUGCACUGGAAGCAUUUGUCUCAGGCACUGAUUCGAUGAAGAGCAGGUUGAAAGAUUCUGAUGAGGGUCAGAAAAAGGUCCUUCCAAGCCAAAGACCGUCUGUGCAGUUUAAGAUGAGGAGCGGCAAAAGGUCCUUCAAUGCAAACCCAAACUUGAGCUUUGAGAAUGAUGGUAUUAUUUGGGGUUCCCCUCAGCGUGGGAAAAGUUACUCUGAUGAUGACAAGAAAAAAAGGUCCAAGGAAAACACACCUGAUGCAGCUUAGUUGUACAUUAUGUUUGUUCAGUUAGACUUUCACCAUUUCUGAGAAUCUAGCAAGAGAGCUUCGUUUUGCAUUUUAGUUAAUGCCAGUGAAUUUCUGUGUGACAUAUUGCCUGAUUCUGAUUAUGGCGACGUGCUAAAUGGUAGAUUGUAUAAGAAGUACAUGAGCUCUAUGAUACCAGUUGAGCAAUUAGCUGUUUGUCAGCCAAUGAUUCUUUCCAAAUAAAGGUUCUCACUUCAGAUGGAUGGUUUAA